GGAGGUUCGGUUCUGUCACUGCCAGCUGCAGUCGGGAGACAUGGUUCGGUGCGGGUCCUGUCCACUGCACCUCCUCGCCCUGCUGGGGGUCUCCUCCGCCUGGGACCUGGUUCUGCUGCACACCAACGACGUUCACGCGCGCGUGGAAGAGACCAGCGUGCACUCGGGGAAGUGCGCGGUCCGCGGCGAGUGUUUCGGUGGAGUGUCCCGGAGAGCCACGGCGGUCCGCCGGGUCCGGAGCUCAGAACCGCACGUCCUGCUCCUGGACGCAGGGGACCAGUUCCAGGGGACAGUCUGGUUCAAUGUCUUCAAAGGAGCCGAGGCCGCGCGCUUCAUGAACCGCCUCGGAUACGAUGCGAUGGUGUUUGGGAACCACGAGUUUGACAACGGAGUGGACGGCCUCAUGAAGCCGUUCCUGGAGAACAUUAACUGCACCAUGCUCGGCGCCAACAUCCGACCAGACCCGACCCUGGCCCACACCUUCGGCAAGACCUAUUUACCCUACAAGAUCUUCAGUGUGGGGGGGGAGCGUGUCGGAGUGGUGGGCUACACGUCCCAGGAGACAGCGUCUCUGUCCAAACCCGGACCUCACCUGCAGUUCGAGGACGAGGUGAGCGCUCUGCAGCCACAGGUGGACAAGCUGCUGGCACUGGGUGUCAAUAAGAUCAUCGCUCUGGGUCACUCGGGCUUCAUCGUGGACCAGCGGGUGGCCCAGAAGGUGCGCGGCGUGGACGUGGUCAUCGGCGGACACACCAACACCUUCCUGUUCACAGGAACUCCUCCAUCUCAGGAGAUCCCGGCCGGUUUGUACCCGUUCAUGGUGACGUCCGAUGAUGGGCGGGUGGUUCCGGUGGUGCAGGCCUACGCCUUCGGGAAGUACCUGGGUCACCUGAAGGUGACCUUUGAUGACGAGGGGAACGUGGUGGCGUCCUCGGGGAACCCCAUCCUGCUGAACAGCAGCAUCCCGGAAGAUCCAGAGGUUCUGGCCGAGGUGACCGAGUGGAAGCAGAACCUGAGCUCGUACUCGGCCCAGGUGGUGGGACAGACACUGGUCUUCCUGAACGGGUCGCGCAUGGCGUGCCGCUCGCAGGAGUGCAACCUGGGAAAUCUGAUCUGCGACGCCAUGCUCGAUAACUUCAUCCGGUCCUCGGACGGAGAACGGUGGAACCAGGUGAGCGCCUGCAUCAUGAACGGAGGCGGCAUCCGGUCGUCCAUCGAUGAGCGGAACCAGAACGGGUCCAUCACGAUGGAGGACCUCAUCGCCGUCCUUCCUUUCGGAGGAACCUUCGAUCUGGUGCAGCUGGACGGCUCCACGCUGAGGAAAGUCUUCGAACAUUCAGUGCAUCGAUACGGCACGAACCACGGAGAGUUCCUGCAAGUGUCCGGGUUCCAUGUGGAGUACGACGUGUCCAGACCUACGGGACAUCGUGUGAAGAGCCUUGGCGUCCUUUGCACCAAGUGCCGCGUCCCGGUAUACGAGGCGGUCCGAGACAGGGAGGUGUACUCGGUGGUAAUGCCGUCCUACCUGGUGACCGGCGGAGACGGGUUCAGCAUGAUUCAGAACGAGUUCAGGAAGCACGACAGCGGGGAUCUGGACAUCUCCGUCGUGUCCCAGUACAUCUCACGGAGACGGAGCAUAUAUCCUGCAGUCGAGGGACGCAUCAAGAUCGCCGCCUCGGCCUCUGGACUGAAAGUCCUGGUGUCUCCUCUGGUUUUGCUGGGCCUUGCUUGGACCGUGUGUGGGCUUCUGUGACCUCUGAACCGCUCGUGGACCCACGGAUGUUCUGUUUUUACGGUCAAGCUUCCAUCUCGUCAUCUUUGAGCUCUGCGGUACCAGGUUUGGACCAGAACCAGCUCGUCAGUGCUGCAGUUCCUCUCCUGGCCUGCAGGCGGCAGCACCAAGAACCACAGCAGGAACUUUAAUGAAUCAAUGAGCGUCAGCAGAACCUACCUGAGGCCCGCUCAGCGCUGAGCGUUCUGUUGUGCAGCGGCCGCAGAUCAUCAUUUACCUUCUGUAGUUCAUUGUAGAAGAUUCA